CGGGAGGAGGCGGCGCCGGUGCAGCAGCAGCAGCGGCGGCAGCAGCAGGGCAAAGUGACGGUGAAAUACGACCGCAAGGAGCUGCGGAAGCGCCUGGUGCUGGAGGAGUGGAUCGUGGAGCAGCUCGGCCAGCUCUACGGCUGCCAGGAAGAAGAGAUGCCAGAUGUAGAAAUUGACAUUGAUGACCUUCUUGAUGCGGCUAAUGAAGAGGAAAGAGCUCUUAAAUUACAGGAAACUCUUGUAGAUUGCUACAAACCGACAGAGGAAUUUAUCAAAGAGCUGCUAACUCGGAUAAGAGGAAUGAGGAAGCUCAGCCCCCCUCAAAAGAAAACUAUAUAACUACUUGCCAUUAGCACUCCACAACAGACAGCAAGGGAAAUGGGACUUCGACUACAAGACCCUUAUUAAAAUAGUUGUCUUUCUCUGCAACGUUUUUUGUUUCAUUCAGUUUUGACUCUUAUUCAAGGGAGUUCUCAUGUAUUAAGAUUUUUUUUUAGGUCUGUCUUUUUUUUUUUAUCAAAGAUUCCAACAUUUUGGAUGCUGGUCAAAUAUCACAUGAGGUUUAUCAAAGCAGGAAGAAUCCAGGAAUUAGUGACCACUUCAUGGCAACGAGGUGCCGCAGUCAGAAGAACUUAUAAACUUACAGAGCUAGGAGACUUUUUUUUCCUUGCAGCUAGUUGGUAACACUUAUUUUUAAAGUUGGUUGUACAUUUAACUCAUGGAUGUCAAGUUUUCUCAUGCUUGUAUGUACAUAUACUAUUGGGUUGUGAAUACUGUUUCACAUGACUGGAAGGAACGUUUGUGACAGUAAACUAUUAAUUGUGGUUAUUGCAAAUUUGUUAUGAAAAAAGCAACAGUAUAGAUUACUGAAAUGAGUGCUACCAUCUUCUAAAUACAUUUUAAAAAAGCAAAGUGAAAAACUUUGGCAUAUCUUCUUAGUCGGAAACUGACGUGAGAAAUGGGGAAUUUUUUAAGGGCUUAAUUUGUAUACUUUGAAUAAUUUUAUUGACUAAUUCUUUGCCAGAUCAUUUCCUCUCCACCUUGUGGUGUUUUUAGAAUUGUAUUAACCUACUCCAGGGGUCAGCAACUUAUGGCCUACGGAGCCUUUUGGAUUUGGCCUGCGGAGCUGUGGCUUUGGCAGCCUUCAGUGGUGGUAGAUAGAGAGGGCAGGGGGCCUUUGCCUGUGCUGCAGCUGGGCACCCAGGGCUUGAGGGAGCUCUCACUUCGCUGUGCUGCAGUUGGUCUGCAGGGGCUCCAUCAGAGGGGAGCUUUCCCUGCACCUACAGCCAGGCAAUGGGAAGAAGUGGUGGAGGUGACUGGGUCCCUGUGCCUGCUCAACUCAGACCUGAACUGGGUCAUUCGGGCCCCUUCUGGAAAACAUUGCUGACUCCUGUCCUGCUUUCUAAGGGCCUGAUGUGACAUUUAGAGAAAUGUACAUCACCCUUUGAAAGAUGCUUCAUAAUGGGGAAGCGGGGGGAAGCAAGUGCUACCUAAACAAACUAAAAGCAGCUAUCUUGCAUUCAGUUAUGUGAUUUAACCAAACAGAUUCCUCUCUUAGUGAAGUAGGUAAAGAACAUUUGUUUUAUAGCUCUGUUGUUGGUACGUGGGCGGGGUGGGGGGUCUUGUUAGCUUUGAGUCCUCAUUAUUUGUGAAAGCAAGAAGAAAAUUAUUUCAAGAGAUCAUUGUGUCUCUCUUCUGGAAAAUGUCUUUAACUAAGAUAACUCCAUAAGCUACCAUAUGCCGGUAGAUGACAGUAGUCGGGCAUUUUUUUUAUCAAGGGUGCUCUGAACAUAUUUUAUUUUUAAAAGAAGUACAUGUUUGUGAAUUUUAUGUAUACUGGCAAGCUUUUUUUAAAUGUAUUUAAUUUUGUAAUGUUUAUCAACAAUUUUAUUUACCAGAUAUUUACCCAAAUAAAUGGAACAACUUGUGACUUGUUGC